AUGCAGACUCCCUUUACCCUGUCGGCGGAUCCCGACACCGACAUAUGGAAGAAGCCGCCCGCGCAUGACGCCUUCAACGCCCCCUACCUCACGCACUCCAAGGGCACCGUGGACUCGUUCGUCCGUGCCGUCAUCACCUUCGAGGCUUGCUAUGCCCGACAGUUUGACCAGGCCGGCAUCCUGCUCAAGUUCAGCAAGCCGGCCACCGGGGAGAGGAAGUGGAUCAAGUCCGGGGUUGAGCUCUUCGACAACCGCGCGCGCCUGUCCACCGUCUGCACGGACAACUACUCCGACUGGAGCGUGUCGGACGCUCCUCGCGGAGACGAGAUUCGCGCCGGGGCGAGACGCGUCACGGUGAGCGUGGAGCGCAACGUGGACGAGACGGGCCAGAGCCUCUGGGUGUACCACGUCGAGGGGGGCGGGAAGACGCCGCUGAGGGAAAUCAACUGGCCGUACGGAACGGCGACGGCAGCGCACGGCUGGGAACUGCAAGUUGCGGCGACGGUUGCGAGGCCCUCCAAGGCAGGGGCAGGGGCAGGGGCUGGGGCUGGGGUUGGGCCUCUGAGCGCUACGUUUGUCGAGUUUGACGUGCAGUGGGAGACGACGACGACGACGACGACGACGACGACGACGACGACGACGACGACGACGACGACGACGACGACGACGACGACUGCCAAGUUGGACGACGCCUAG